CUUGUCUCAAUCUUCUUCGAUAUUCUCACUCUCGACCGCACUUAGAAAGUAUAACCUACCAUUGGAGUCGUUCAAGGCGUGCAUCAAGAAUGAAAGGAAAACGACCUGUCUGACGAACAGAGGCUUCCUGAAGACAAUCAAUUAUGAAGAACUGGGCUGGCAGCCCGGGUAUGGAGAACAUACCUCGAAGAAUGUGCAGCAUUUGACCAUGAAAUAGUAGUCGGGUGGAAGGAUGGCUUAGAUGUGUUGCUCGUCUUCCAGUGGUUACGAUCUUCGUUGAGCGAACGUCGCAGAGCUUACAGCUCGAUUACCCAGGUCACGGCCUCGCUUCUAUACGAACUGGUUAGCACUAGCGGGCAACUGUAGAUGAUGCCCUUGCGGACGAUAUUCCUCGCUCGGCUCUCAUGCCUUCCUCCGAUUUUCGGCCUGCAGCGUCCGAACUGUGUUGGUUUACAAGCCUCUCAGUAUCGCUACCGCACUGGUCGCCGUGCUAGCGAAACAUUGGAUUCAGCAGCACAUGUCCGUUCCAUCUGGAACGCCUCGCGACCGUUGCUGCGUACGCUGGUUCCCAUACAUGCCUCCGGGAAUUGUGCGCGCCCCUCAUCAUUGGAUCCCACCCUGUCUGAUGAGCGCGUCUUUUGGGAUUUUUCUCGCUGGCCUGGUAGUACUUUCGGUGCCGCUACGUCUAUAAGUCGCGUCCUUAGUUGGGGCUGUUACGUUCACUAUGUUCUUAGGAUACUCAAUCACCAACUUUCUUCUCGUUCUCUGUCCAUCAUGCCCUUACAAGUCUCCGCUAUUCCCAUAUAUGUUUUCUCUUUACACACAUUUCAUUCGCAAUAGCCCGCACAAUUGGCUCGUCGUAUCCAUCUUGAAAACGAGAGCAACGGAGCGUUCGUACUGUCAAAGAUGCAGGACAAGAUGCUAGAUGUAGUGCUGAGGGCGCGGGUGUCUAUGCUUUAUCAUGGCUGUUCUCUAUGUCAUCCGGUCGCAGCGUCCAAAGCAUUGUCUCUCAGUCCAUCGGUGCACUACUGCUAAAGUCCGUGGACUUGUUGGGGCAGCACACGAAGAGUGUCUUUUUAACGUGUGUCGAGGUUAUCGACAACGGUGUUAGUACUCGAUCUGUCCUUGAACCGAUUCAACAAGCCAAGGCCAAGCUUUCGAUUCGUGCUACCUUCGACCUCCAUUUCGGUUUUCGUGGGCCCAUCAUCCUUGCUAUCAUACUGGCCUGCUCAUUACUGUGUACUUUUGUACAUCUACAGGAAGCCAAAAGAGACUAUACUGAAAUAGAGGAAAUGACAUUUUGGAAUCUAUGGGGGCUGGUCCGAACUCAGAGGAUCC